UCGUUCUGACUCCCACUGCUAAACUUCUUAUCUCCACCACUCCUCUGUCUCUCAUAUGAAAUUGUAGCUUUCUCUCCCUCGUCAUUCCUCCAUUAGCCUCUACCUCCCAUGGCGAAAACCCUAAUUUCAUCUCCGCCGUGCAUCGGCGCACCACUUUCUUCACUCUCUCGCCAUGGGCUUCACACGCUCCCUAACAGGAGAUUCAUAUCCACAAGAGUCAAGUUCAGUUUACACGAAGUUCCUCCAAUUAUUCAAUUAGACUCCUCUAUUGACUUCGGUUCGAUUGUUACUAAAGCUGAAAGCCUUCUCUACACACUUGCUGAUGCAGCGGUUGCGGUGGAUUCAGCAUCCGGUGGUGCUGCCUCCAGCUCAACUGAUGCAGCUGUGCAGAAGAAUGGCGGUUGGUUUGGGUUUAUCUCCGAAUCCAUGGAAUUCGUUCUCAAGGUGUUGAAGGAUGGGCUUACAUUUGUGCAUGUGCCUUAUGCUUAUGGUUUUGCAAUUAUUUUGCUCACUGUUUUUGUGAAAGUUGCUACGUUACCUUUGACCAAGAAACAAGUGGAAUCUACAUUGGCUAUGCAAAACCUUCAACCUAAGAUAAAAGCUAUUCAACAAAGAUAUGCAGGCAAUCAGGAGAGAAUACAACUUGAGACAUCACGUCUCUAUAGACAAGCUGGGGUUAAUCCAUUAGCAGGUUGUUUUCCAACUUUGGCUACAAUACCGGUCUGGAUUGGUCUAUAUCAAGCUCUUUCAAAUGUCGCCAAUGAGGGACUGUUGACAGAAGGUUUUUUUUGGAUUCCAUCAUUGGGUGGGCCAACUACAAUUGCGGCUCGACAAAGUGGAUCUGGCAUUUCAUGGCUUUUUCCAUUUGUGGAUGGCCAACCACCAUUGGGCUGGCAUGACACUGCAGCUUACCUGGUUUUACCUGUCCUCCUUGUUGUUUCUCAAUAUGUGUCAAUGGAGAUCAUGAAACCUCCCCAGACAGAUGAUCCAGCUCAAAAGAACACGCUUCUUGUUUUCAAGUUUCUUCCUCUCAUGAUUGGUUACUUUUCCUUGUCUGUCCCAUCAGGAUUGUCUAUUUACUGGUUCACAAACAAUGUCCUCAGCACAGUCCAACAGGUAUGGUUACGCAAAUUAGGUGGUGCAAAGCCUGUGGUUAAUGAGAAUGCAAGUGGAAUCAUCACUGCAGGACGUGCAAAACGAUCAGCUUCACAGCCAGCACAGCCUGGCGAUAGGUUCAGCAAGUUGAAGGAAGAAGAGAAGAGGAAAAAGACAAGCAAGGCACUAGCAGAUGAAGAGAUUCAGACUCUAGAUUUUGCAUCUGGUUCUAAUGAGGACUCAGAUGAAGAGACUAAGGACAAGGGUGAAGGAGUUCUAGAAGAAGCAUAUGCUUCUAGUGCAAGCAAACAGGUUCCAGAUAUUUCUAGGCCAAAGAGAAGCAAGCGGUCCAAGAGAAGGCGUGCUGUAUAAAAUGACUAUAUGCUGAUUUGAUGAUUGUAGUUUUCGAAAUCACUUCAAAGAGCAGAGUGCAUCAUUUGCUGAAACUGCUUGAGAAAGGUAUUUCUUGAGUGUUUCACUUUGCCUUUCCAGACAUUUUAUGAGAACCAUCUUCUGCUGAAAUUAGUUAUAUGAGUAAAAGAUGCCUAUUUCCGCUAACAGGAUGUAGCGAAUGAAAUCAACCCAUAGCAAUCUCAAAAAAAUAUAUGAUUUUGGUUUGCCGGAAAAAAUGCUUAAUCCCAGGGGUAGUCAUGCAACUUCUAAACAAAUAUUGAUCUAAGAUGUACGAAUCUUCAAAUAAGUUUUACUUUAGUACAAGCACACAACCUCAGGGAUCAGGAAUUCAGGAAUUUCCAACCUAAAUUAAUACAUCUGACCUACUUUAAGGGAGUACUGUGGAUCUCUGUCUACUAGUGCUGAAGAACUGCAUCCAUUGAUUCAUUGCUUAGUUGGUGGGUUUUGAUUGCCUACUGGAUUGGGCCCAGAUGGAGUUUUGUGAACUUUCUUCUCCCCAACCUUUAUUUAUGUCAUUGAAUAGAUGCAAAUGUAGUAAUCGAUUAAAUAAUCUGUAUUAUGAGAUUAGAAUUGUAAUUUGGAUUUUGAGAGAUAGAAUUCCUUACCCAGGAUGGCCAAAUGUUUGCCUUGUGCAAUCUUGAGCUUGGUUUUGCUGGCUUGAGUUUGAAAUGAGCUAUAGCAGCAAAAGAUAGGAUUCACCGUCAGAACUUGUGAGGAUUCUAGGGAGAUUCUGAUCAGUUAUUUAUUUUUUUUCCCCUUUUUAUAUUAUGCAUGGCAUAUUAUAUAGUCGAGAAA